GUUCGUAUCGAAAUGGCCUAACGAAAAUAAUGCGCGGAAUAAAUGUGUGUGUACUGUGUCGAGCUCAGUGCGCGAGUUUUCGCCAUACGACCCGCCAUGUUAAUGAGCGCCACGAUGACCAUCGAGAACAGGUAAAACGCCAUUUAUAGAGGAGGUGCUGGUGUUUUCUUUAUGCACGGCAGUCAUAAUACGUAUCGUAUACAUUGGGUGGGUGUAUAAUAUAUUAAAAUACAGUUUGACAGAUAUAGGUAUUAAUAGAAUCGUGUAUGUGGUGUGAAUAACGGAAACGAAUUGCACGCGAAUGUGUGUGCGUGUAUUGUUAUUAUUUUUUGAAAAUUAGUUCGCGAAAAUGCAACACGUUAAACCGUCAGCGAAAGGCGACCCGCUGUGUCCGCUCGGAUUCCACCCUCAAGUCCGUUGGCCGACCAGAUGCAAACGGUGUUUCAGGGACUAUAAAGAUCAUUCUAACAGGAAUAAGGAUAAUGGAAAGCCAUCACUUAGAAAAGAUGAUACUACAUUAUCAACUCCAUCUUUAAAUAACGAGAAAAAUGAAUCAAUAAGUUUAAAAAAUAUGUCAUCAGAUAUGAUAACAAGCAAUAGUAAAAAUUAUUUUAAAGUAGACAAAGGUUGUGGAUCUAGUCGAAAGACUACAUCAUGGACAUCAACGCCAGACUUGACAACACUUUCAGACAGUGUUACAUCUCAUGUUGAAAAAUUAGAAGAUGAUGAACAAGCAAUUCCAGAAUACACGGUCCGUAGAAGAACAAAUCUUUCACGCAAGGAUUCUGUGGAUUUACAUAGUCCAAGAAAUAGUUACAAUGGAGAUAUCGCCCAAUAUACACCGGUGCAUAUGAAAACAAUGCCAAAUGAUAAAAAUAUGUAUAAUGAUGACGAAGAAGAUACUAUUAGUUUAGCUGAUUCUGAUACUACGACUGAUACUUACGCCACUAUUAUAAAUGAAGAAGAUUUACAUGAUCAAGUAAUGAAUUUAAAAGCUGAAUUAAAAUUGACCAAGGAAAAAUGUGAGAAAGCAGAACGAGAAAAGAGUGAUAUUUUACUAAGACGACUAGCAUCUUUAGAUACUACUCCUACAUCUCGUACAACAGCUACUGAAUUAUUGAAGCACCAACAAAAAAUUAAUGAUUUGAAAUCUACUUGUGAAAGUCUCAGUGAUGAAAAGAGAAUACUUACUCAACGUGUUCAUGAAUUGGAAAUUGAGCUCAAUAAAAACAAGAAUACUAAAGUGAAGUCAGACGAUGUUCAAUUGAUUCGUUCUAAGUUAAUAGCAGCUGAAACUAAAAUUGAGGAUUUGACAGAAGAAAACAAUGAUUUAAAUAAAGAGAUACAUAAUAUGGAGCAAGAGAUGAGAGAUAAUUUUCGAGAGGAGCAAGAUAAUGAAUUUAUUAUGCUAAAACGAGAAUUUGACCAAGUUUCAAAAAAUUGUCGAAUUUUAGCAUUUAAAUUGAAAAAAGCUGAAAGAAGAAUGGAAGAGUUAGAUAAUGAAAAAAUUGAAAAUGACAAAAAAACUAAAGAGUUAAUAGAACGAUUACAAGGAGAUUUAGAAAAAUCUGAAUCAAAUGUAUCACAAGGGGAUCAAAAAAAAAGACCUAUGUUGGGCAUGAUACCUAAGUCUGCAUCUGGAGAAAGAGUUUCAAGAGAGUCAUUAACUCGAGGUGAUUCCCAAGAAGAUCCUGUUCAACUUCAAAGAGAUUUACAAGAUUCAAUGGAGAGAGAAGCUGAUAUGAGAGAGCAAUUAAGAUUUUCUGAAGAAGAAGCUAAAAUGUUAAGGAACAAAGUGAGUCGUUUAGAAGAAGAUAAUGAGUCAAUGGUUUUGCAACUCAAAAAAAUGGCCACAAAAACAAGUUAUCGUCCUACAAAUAUCGCCGAUAGAGAUGAGGGAAUUUCAGAUGUUGAAGAUGCAACAGAGCUAAAAUUACUUCUUGAGCUCAGUGAACAAGAAAUUACAGUACUAAAAAGAAAAUUAGAAGAAUUUGAAGUAGAAAAGGAUCAAUUGAAAGCUAAAGUUUUAGAAUACCAAACAAAACUAGCAUCCAAAAAAACUUACAAACCAAUAUCAAAACCAGCCCAAACCAAGACUAAAGAGGUUAAAGCAGAUUUUGACAAGCAAACAAAGGCUGUUAAGCAGUUAGAAAUUAAAACAAUGGACCUUGAAAACCAACUUAAGAGUGAGAGACAACAGAUUGAAAAUUUAAAAUCAACACAUAAAAAAGAAAUAAUAAACAAAGAAGAAUUUAUAAAGAAAUUACAAGAACAAUCAAAUGUUGAAGAAAAUAAAAAAAUUAUGGAUAUUCAAAAUGAAUUUGAAAAAAAAAUAAAAAGAAUAGAAAAUGAAAUGUUGAUUGAGCGAAAGAAUUACAAAGAUAUUUUAAAUAAAUAUGAUGUUUUGCAAAAAGAACAAAUAGAUGCUAAAAGUAAAAUGGCAGCAGAAAAAGAAAAACUACAAUGUUUGUUAGAAAGUAGAAAAAAAGAUACAUUAAAAGUUGAAGCGGAGUUAAAAUCAUUAAAAGACAAGUACAACAUUUCUAUUGAUUUAUGGAACAAAGAAAAAUUGGAAAUGCAGAAAAAGUUAAAGGAUCUAGAAAUAGCUCAUUCAAAUGAUUCUUGGAUAAAAGAGAAGGAAAAUAUGAAAAAUAAUUUGGAUGAAUAUUUAAAAGAAAUAAGAACAUUAAAUAAACAAUGUAGUCAGUAUACAGAACAGAUAGAAAAACUUAAGAAAGAUAAUGAAAAUUUACAACGAAAUUUAGAUGAUUUUGAGAAGGUUGUCAAAGUCCAGCAUAGUAGGUCAAUGGAGACAGAAUUACUAGAAAAAAAUUUAAAAGAUAUGAAAAUAAAGCUAUAUAAUGAAGAACAAGCUAGAAAAACAGAAGUUGCUGCUUUAAAAGUACGCUAUGACAAUCGCAUGUCAGUUCUUUCUGAAGAGUUAAAAAAUAGUCAGUUUCAAACACUUAGGUUCAAGAGAGAACGUGAUUCAUAUAAGCAAAUGUUGGAUUCAGCAGAUUCUAACCAUCAGAAAGGAAAUUAUAAGGUUCAAAAUAAUGAUAAUCAGAAAGAAGAAUAUCACAUUUUACAGCAACAAGUAUCUUGUAUGGAAGAACAACUUUCAGAAGCAAGACUUGAAUGUUCUAGGUUAAAAACAGAAUUAGUAUCAGAAAAGUCAGCUUGGGAAAUAACAAAAUCAGAAAUGACAUCUUCUAUUAAUAAAUUGGAAGAAGAACGACUAUUAAAUUCAGGAAGAUCUAAAUUAACAGGUUUGAAAGCUAGAAUGGAGCUUGCAUGGCAAAAAGAACGAGAAGAGCAACAACGUCUUUUACAAGAGACAUCAACAUUAGCUAGAGAUCUAAGACAAACAUUAUACGAAGUCGAACGAGAGCGAGACAAGGAUCGUUUGGAAUCAAAAAGACGUAUUGAUCAGCUUACAAAAAAUAUGGAAGUUGACCAACAAGAAAAUAGGAAGAAAACUAAUGAGAUGCAAUGUGAUCUUAUGGAUUUGCGAGAUGCUCAUGCAAAAUUAAGAACAAUAAAUGAAAAAUUAAGAAAAGAAAAAGACAAAAUAGAACAAGAAUGUGAAUCAUUAAGAUUAUGCAAUGUUCGGCUAAGAACUGAUCCUCAGAUUGAGGUUAAAAUUAAUAAUUUAUCACAGUUAAUCAAAAGUUUAACUAUAAUGGUAAAUGAAAACUAUGAAAUGACAAAUAAAUCUAUAAACUCGAUAAAUGCACCAACACCACCAGCUAGAAGAAAAUCAUCUACAUCUAGAGAAGCAUCACCAGAUUUAAAUUCCAAUCAAGUACUAAAUAACAACAAUAAUGAAAAAAUUAAACAAUUAUUAAAUAAAGUUAAUGAGGUGACUAAAGAAUUAGUAUUAAAUACAAAUCAACCUGAUAUUCGAUCAAAACGUGCAGUAUUUGGAGUCAGGUCGUCAUCAACUGAAAAUGAUUUCAAUGAUAAGCCUCCAAUAAGAGGUAGUUUGUAUAGAAAAAGUCUUUCAUUAGAACAAAAUUUUGGGAAUACUGAUCAAGAUAUAUGGAAACGAGAUGAACGCACCCAGUCAAGAAAUAAACUUAUUAAACAACCAAAUAGUUUUGACAGCCAACAAUCAAAUAGUUCUUCUAAAAGUGAUAUAGUAAGCGGAGAAAAAACUAAGAAAAAAGGACUUUUUGGCAAACUAAAGAAGUUAACUAAAAGUUCCAAAAGCUUUGACAAUGAUAGCGAUUUGUCCUUUAAAAGCAGCUCCAGUAUUUACAAUAUUGAUGUAUCUUCUAGUAAAGAUUCUAGAGGGAAACUUAAUGAUGUAUUUAAACCUUCAACAUUACCCAACUUAAAGAAGAGAGCAAUGUCUCCGUCAAUAUUUAGAAGAUCAGAAAGUUCAAGGACAUCUCCAUCGCCUUCAGUACGUUCAGAUGAAUAUGAAGAAAUUUCUUAGAUAGUUAUUAACAAUAGUAAAAUGUUUGCAGUAGUUUAUGGUCUGUUGCAUGUAAGUGCAAUUCAAUUUAUUACAUUUAAUCAUCUAUAUUCUAUAUUAUUAAAGCAUUUGCAUUCUUUACGUGAUAUACUUUACAUUUAUAUAGUAAGAAUAAUUAUUAUUGUUUGUUUAAUGUUUUUUUUUUUGAAUGAAAACAAUUUGAUUUUAAUUUUCUCAAUAAGCUAUUAGAUAUUAAUGACGUUUUUGUUGUGUAUGUUUCACUUUAUGUAGCCAAGACUAGCGGUAUGUGAUAAAUAUAAUAUUACAAUUUAAGACAUUAAUUAUGUUCUAUAUUGUGAACAUAUUAUUUUUUAUUUGGACUACUUGAUUCUUAAUAUGCGGAAUAUUAUUUUGAUUGUGUGGUAAAAUGAAAAAUAAACAGGAUAUGGAAUUUUUUUUCAUAAAUUUAAAA